AUGUACAACUACAUCGUCACAGGAAGUUCAGACGGCAUCGGGAAGGGCUAUGCAUAUGAACUCGCUAAGAAAGGGAUGAACCUGCUCUUGAUAUCUCGCACGAUGGAAAAGUUGCAGAAAGUCAAAGAAGAGAUCGAUAAAGAGUUCGGAGUAGAGGUAGAGAUAAUGCAAGCAGAUUUCAGCCACGGAAAGCAGGUGUACGACGAAAUAGAGGAACGCGUCAAAGGGAAGGAAAUCGGCCUUUUAGUGAACAACGUCGCCGUCAUAUUACCUCUUCCCAUGAAAUUCUGCGAAGUCAGCGACCACCAGCUUUGGAGUCACGUCAAUGUCAACGUUGCAUCUCCCUUGGCAAUGACGAGAAUGAUCCUGCCAGGGAUGCUCGACCGUGACCAAGGAGCCAUCGUCAACAUCGCUUCCAUCUACGGCCGCCAUCCCGUGCCGAUGGUCCAGAUGUACUCCGCCUCCAAGGCCUUUGUAGACUUCUUCUCCGAGGCUUUAGGGUCAGAAUACGAAAAUUCUGGCGUGACUGUUCAGACCGUUACCCCUGCCUAUGUGUCGACCAACAUGACGAGCUUUUCCGAGAAGAUUCACAAACCAGGAUUCUUCGUGCCUACAGCCUCCAACUUCGCCGCCCAUGCUGUGGAUACCAUAGGAUACACCCCUUAUACGACAGGCUAUUGGACCCAUGGCAUUCAGGCCUGGAUAAUGGAUAAUUUCUUUCCACGAUGGAUUUGGAUGAAGAUUCUGAAGAAGAACUGCGAGUCUUUACUGAAGGAUUCAAAGAAGACCAAAGAUGAAUGAAUGGCGGAGGAUCAGCAGAAGUGGAUGACAGGAAAAUAACCUUUGGUUUGAAAUGUAUAGCAGAACCCAGUUAUGUUGCUAGAUGAAAGGGAUGAAUAACUGUACAAGUAAACAGGCAGCGAUCUUUACUUAUAAUAAAUAGACAAAUUAAUAAAUUAAUAAAUGAACAGAUUAGAAAUGAAAUAAAAACUCACUAAUUGAUAUAUACACAUUUUUUCUGAUUUUGUCUGUUAUUCAUUUUCAAUAUAGUCGCAUUCCUUAGCAAUAACCUAUGCUUCCGUUUUUAAUGCUGAUUAAAACUAAUAAAAUACAUUUUGAGC